CUGAGAGCAAAACACUCGCUGUUUGAUGCCACCUCAUCCAUCUGACCAUGGCCGACUCUUUGGUGGAAAGCACGGCCGAUGCUAAAGCGCAUGCUUCUUGCAAUACCUGUGUAAGGAACUACGACUUCCUAGAUGUAUUGCGGCGGAAAAUUUGCAUACAGCGUCGCUGCUGCCUGCUCAUUGCUGGUGAUGUACAUGCAGCAUGAUCACAACUUCUGCCUCACGUCUACAUAGCAGGUGCAUGCACGGACUGCGGACUUCGAUGUCGUCAGCAGCUGCGAUGUUUGAUGGCCAUGUCCGUGGAUACGAGAAAUGUCGGCAGAAAGCGCACUCAGGUCCUGAGGAUGUCACCAUUACUUUACGAACAGGGAGCUACAUCGUCUUCUUUGCUCCCAAUGCUCACAGCCGGGCGAGCGACUAGAAGUCGGCAUUCACUGGCUCCUCAGCCGGCAAAGUGUGCUCCAUGGCGAGCAAAGAGGUAUCUUGCGACUCCUUCCGUUCCAGCCUCAUCUGCUCAUCACCCAUCGGCACAGAACCAAGCGCCGCACAAGUUCACACCCCCGUCCAUCUCGAAGAACUCGCCAAGCAACAAACCCGGACUAAGACAGCAGCGCGAUCACUCGGCAUGUGGGAGACCGGAGACGCCUCUCAAAGUGCGCAAGACACGGGAGAACCUCAAGCAGUGCAGCAUCUACGCCGAUAUUCCACCACCGUGUAUGCAUGGGGCGCUUCAGCAUGCGCACAGUCGGGACACAUCUGAGGAGCUGCAUGCCUUUCCGACGGAUCUUGCCGCCACCAGACUUGAUACUCCUCCAGCUCCAGCCGGGCGCCUGGAAUCACCAAAAGAUGUGGCAUCUGCAGAGCCAGCUCUAUGCCGUCAGAAGUCGGUAAGACGACGGAUGCUCACGAAAGUCAAGCAAGGCAUCACGAACCGCGCCAGAACGUCACCUCCCGGCCACUCAUCUCACAAGGCAGAGACUCGUCUUCUGCGUAAGUGGUCCGGACGCAGGACCCAAACCGACAACGCCAACCAACGCAGCCAAAGCUUCGAGAUCAGCAGAGACAGCAUUGAUAGCUCUGUCGAUGAAUGUUUCGAGUCUGCCACCGCUGCUGGACCAGACGUAAGAUCAUUCACAGGCUCGACAGUCUCUACUGCUGAAGUUCUCCGCCCUUCUUCUUUGACCGAUAACACGCCUUCCGAUCUGAACUACUCAGGCACGACCGCUGUCGACGCAAGCACUCCUGCGUCUCAUCCGUCACGAUUGACACCUUCUUCCCCAUCGCCGUUGCAGACCCCACGCCCGCUCCGAAGAAGUCGGCCAACUGGUUUUGAGGAGCCCUCAAGUGCAGCAUCGCUCGUAGUGCCGUGUGUGGACCUCGAGGUGAGCGUGGACUGUUCGACGCUAGACGUUCUUGCCAAAAGAGAUCUUUGGGUGGCAAUCAAGGCCACUGUGCAAGCUAGCGUUCCCACCGCUGAUGCAGCAUCUACGACCGCAUCAGGUGCACAUCAUGCCACUCUCUGCAAAGACGACUACUCCAGCCUUACAUCAACCAACGGACUUGUGCAUGGGCAAAUCAACACGCUCAGACUGUGCUAUAGACCCUUGAACGGCAGUCGCAUCCGCGACACCAUCGGACACAAGACCAAGAAGAACCUCAGUAUUGGCGACACCCUUUCCUUAUUCGUCAAACUCCACGUUCCCGAAGUCAGCGCAAGAGACACCGACAGUCCCCACACCAAGACCGAAGACCCCGCCACCGAUCACGACUCCCUCUUCACCGAGCUUGAGAGCAUCGUCGGCACCCUUGAAACCGAGAUUCUGCACGUCGAAGCCCGAUACCGCCAUUCUCUACUGCCAUCGAAUAACACCGUCACGGUGCGACAUGUGUGCCGGAUGAACAGGCCGAGGACGGAUUGCCGCUGGAGUAUGAUCACUCUGUCGGACAGUUUGAUUGUGUCUUCUGCGGCGCAGAUGCGGCUUGCGCGGUAUCUCUCCGAGGAGCAUGGUGAGGGACAGGCGUUGGAGCUCAUGCAUGAGUAUCUCGAUCCUGAAGUGAUGGAAGUUGGCCGGAAGAGCUCUGGGCUGAGAGCCUCGACCAAUGAAAGGCACGCAGAGGACGAGCAGCCAUCUGUCAUCAUCACAGACGUGGACCGAGAAGCAGAUGGCGUCCUGGACGUUGUGGUGGAUCAGCCAUUCUCGACAGCACCCAGCACACCCUCGGCGGAAUCCACACCAUCCCCGCCACCGCUCCAAUCUCCGCUCCUCACUUCCAAACCUCAACCUCAACCGCCAUCACAAAUAUCCUACUUCCCAAUAGCCCCACCCCUCCUCACCGCCCCCCGCACGACAACCGCCCUCUCCAACCCAGCAACCCUCCCAACAGCAACCACACCCACCCACCUCUCCCCACCUCCUCCCUCCGCAAAAGAAGCCUCGCAAGACACCGUCCGCGCCCUCUGGCACCACAUUCGCCGCUCUUCGCUCUCCGCCAAACAGUUGGGCGAAAUGCUGGCCCCAGAGGAGAGCGUGAAGUGUUUGGAAGCGGGGGAUGAGGGGUUGAGGGAGUUGAGGCAAAGGGCGCUGAGUAAUAAGAGGAGUGUUGGGGCGGAGACGCUGAGGGGGUGGAAGUGGGAGGGCGAGAGGGAUGGGGGAAGGUUGGGAGGGGAAGGGGUGGCGCCUUGGAUGUAGGUUGCGUGAGUGUGAGUUGAUGGAGGGAGUUUGGCUGAUGAGUUGAUAGGGUUGUAUGAUUAUGAAGAGUUGCCAUUAUAUGGUAUCUUGAUUCAUCGCAGUUGUUUCUGCGUCGUAUCUCUUCCUCCUGUAUGGGCGAGCA